UUUGAGCUAGUUUUUGUUUCGGUGAAACAUUAUAGUCUGGUUAGACUCUGGUAGAAGGUACAGCUUUACACUUUAAGUUAACGUUGUACUGUAUUUCCCCCCCACAUAUCCACAGAGGGAAUAUUUCCCGCAGUAUUUUACUUGUAAAAAAAAAAAAAAAUAGAAGAGCGAGAGAGUGAAACAUGCCGAAAAGAAACAAAGCAAACAAUGACACUGAAGCUAAGGAGCCUAAAAGGAGAUCUGAGAGGUUGAUCAAUAAACCUGCAACCCCAAAAUCAGAGCCAAAGCCAAAGAAGGCGCCUGCAAAGCCGAAGAAGACGAAGGAUGCUGAGAAAGCCAAACCAGAAGAAAAGAAGGAAGAGACUCCUGCAGAGAACGGAGAGGCCAAAACGGACGAGGGGGCACCAGCCACAGAGAACGCUGAAAAACAGAAAGAGGGGGAUAAAUAAUCCAUCUCACCUGUCACCAGAGAUCCCUGUACCUCUUCUCUUGUACAAUUCAGGGGAAUAUUUUUACUUACUAUUUUGUAAAAUGCAGGUUUUUUAGUAGUUUGAUUGUAGAAACACAUUUUUUAAGAAAACAAAGGAAAUUACAUUUUGGUCGGGAUUUCCGCAACAUCCCACGUUUUUAAACCUUCGGAAAAAGAUAUUAGCCAUUGUAAAUGUCAGUGAGUUUUAUUUCUCGGGUAAAGGGGAGAGCGGGUUGGGUUAGGGUGCUAAAAGGGGUCAGUGUUGAGCGAGCGAGCCUUCUGUUUUAAAGGUAUCUAUUGUACAGCAGGAGGCUUACUUUCAAAUACUUACAUUCCAUAGGCUUUAUGUGUCAGGGUGGGGUGGAGCGGCUCAGUUAACGCGUAGUUUAAUUGUUUAUAACUGUUAAAUUCUAGAAUGUUUGUUUGUAAGCUGUGUUCUAUAAAUGUUAACGCUCGUGUGGUUUUUCUUACGGCAGUACUGCUUAAUAAGUAUCCCCUGUAGUUCCUGAGUUGACCCCCUUUCUGGUCAGUAUGUUGCGUGUGUUCGUUACAUCUUAUGUUUUUGUGAUAGCGUUGCAAUAAAUUGUACGGCUGCUGUGGGGAAAAGAGGAAAAACGACGCGUUUCGUCAACAUUUCUGACCACCUUGCGUGAUGGUGCUUGGUGAGGACGGCUAAAGGAAUAUCUGUGUUCUUAGCAAAGCUAAUAACAUGCGUAUCAGUGUUAAACAUACUGGUGAUAAAUGUUCAUUUUAUAAGGACACUGGGAUGUAACAACUAUGUUCAUUGAGCAAACCAGCAGUAGCAAUAUCCACAUGUGGGUUUUAGGUUAUAAAAAGAAAAUCAAAGUGUACAGAUUUUUUUUUCUCUGUUUAUAGCUGUAUCUGUAAUGAUUGGUAUAAAUAAACCAAUAAAUGACAGGUGAUA